AUGGAGUGGAAACUGGAGCGCACCGCCCGGAGGAGGGUCCGGACAGAAGAAGAGAUGCUGUGGGAGAAUGUCAUGCGGGUGCUCGCCAAAGACCUGAAGCAGAAGAGAAGUCCAGGUUCUCCCAGGAUAUUUGAUGAAGUUAAGACUACAUAUUCUAGCUUCAAGAGCAGCUUUGUGAAGAGGCUGUCGGCUGAGGUUCCCAUUGCCAGUAGCCCAGUUACCACCAGAUGGCGGCAAAGCCAAACCAGGGAUCUGGCAGCCUGCUCCUUUGGGGAAGAGCUUUCAACCACUUACCUCCCAGAAGCUUCUGGAUCCAUGCUGAAGAUAACUCCUGAGAAAGAGACUCUGUUUCUAGGGUCCUACCAAGAACCACUGAAGACACCCGUCAAAGGGAGUUUUGAAACAAAUAACUCUGCUCUCCAUUUUUGCAAGGCAGCUCAUGCACUGGAUAGAGGCUGGAAUGAAAACGUUGCCUCAAAAGGCCAGAAAUGCCUAAACCAGCUAUUUUCGACCCAGAAGGUGGCUCAGUGGGUUAGGGGGCAAAUGCAGCUCUGUGAGCAAUCCCAGUGUGCCUGGAAAGGCUGCAGAGACGGAGUCAGAGAUGAAUGCUUCCUUCUUAAAAGAUUCAGUGAUACAGACUAUUCCAUACUCCAACCGGAAGUGAAGAUUCAUCUUACUGGUCUUCAAAAUGACUAUUAUCUGAAUAUUCUAGAUUGGAAUUUUCAAAAUCUUGUUGCUAUAGCCCUUGGAUCUUCUGUGUUCCUCUGGCAUGGGGAAAACUACAGUGUGAUUGAAAACAUAGACCUAAAUCUCAAUUGUAACUAUGUAUCUUCUGUGUCCUGGAUAAGAGAAGGAACCUGCCUGGCACUUGGCACCAGCGAGGGAGAAGUACAAUUAUGGGAUGUGGUAACUAAAAAGCAGCUGAGAAGUAUCCCUGGUCAUUUGUCAGUGGUUGCGGCUCUGAGCUGGAAUGACUGUAUUCUCAGCAGCGGGUCGAGGCUGGGCCGCGUUUCUCAUCAUGAUGUUCGGGUUGCCCAGCAUCACGUUGGAACACUUCAACACAAGCAAGCUGUCUGUGCUCUCAAGUGGUCCCCUGACGGCAGGCUGCUUUCCAGUGGUUGUAGUGAUGGACUGCUGACGAUAUGGCCCCAUGACCCGGGUAUGAAAGCCCAGGUUCAACCGCUGAAAGUUAUACCCCAACCUACAGCAGUCAAGAUUUGUUCCCUAAUCUGGCUACCUAAGACAAAGGAGAUUGCAAGUGGCCAAGGUAGUCCCAAGAACGAUGUGACUGUGUGGGCCUGUCCUGGUCUGGCCAGGUCGCGUGGAUUUUUGGGCCCCAGAGGCAGAGUGCUGCACCUGGCUUUAAGUCCAGACCAGACCCGGGUAUUUUCUGCUGCAGCUGAUGGCACAGCCUGUGUGUGGAAUUGCUGUCCCUCAGCUCCUCCGCGAGCUCCAGUUUCCUCACGUCGAAGUGAGAAUAAUGACAGUGGCCUUGUCUUCUCCAUGGAUUUGUUGUGACGAUCAAACAGAAUGGAGUGCUUUUUCG